GGAUCAGUUGCGACCAUUCGCGACCCUUUCUUUCCUCUUCUCCUCCCGUCGGCCGCUGCCGCGGCCGCCGCAGGAAAGGGGAUGCAGGCAGCCGCGGCCGCCUGGAGGUGGGGCGCCGCGGCCUUCCACUCCUCCGCCGCUGCGCUCUCCAAAUCCACGCCUCAUAUUCGGUUUGCCGUCCGUGAAAAGCGUGCAGAUGCAAAGAGCGCCCUAAAAAACCUUUUGCUCAAUGGCAGCCCAUAUCAGGAAAGCAGUAAUAAACAAAUGAGGAAGCAGAAAGUUGGUGGCAAAUCAAAGGCCCAGCGCUCUUGUCCAGGAAAAAGUCAACAUAGCAAAAAUAAAGGUGUGCAAAACUGGAGAAAUUUUGACAAAGAUGAUUGCACCGAUACACCAUAUGGUACCUUUGGUGGUAAAAGAUCUUUUACGUGGUAUUGGCCCGGGGAGGAUGACGGCCUUGGUAGUUCUCCUAAUGGCUUUCAGUGGAGGGAUGAGUCUCAAUCGACCAAAUCAAGGGAAAAGUUUUGGAAUGAAAGUGAUGUUGAUGAGGAAGAAGAGUUGGUUCAUGACAGUCUGCAAAGCCAUAGAAUCUCUCUUGGAUUGCCACGUUUAGGCCCCUUAAAACUGGAUCAUAUUAAGUCAGCUUUCCGUGCAUCUGCUCUCAAGUGGCACCCAGACAAGCAUCAAGGCCCUUCACAGGCUGAAGCAGAGGAAAAGUUCAAGCGCUGUGUGGAAGCAUACAGCGCAUUGGCUGGCGCCUUUAAGUCAAGCAGCUAACUACUAGUACCUUUGGAACAUGCGAGAGCAAGGAACUUUUUGGAGGACUUUUUGAGAACUUUUAAUGAGGAAUGGAGCUGCUGGUGUUUCAGGACACCGAGAACCAUUAGCAGAAAACUGUAGUAAUUUAGGCUUCAAGUUCAUAACGAAUUCUAAAGAAGAA